AAGUUUUCAUUGUUUUAGCAAAACGAGAAAUCAUAAUGAUGAAAAUGAAACAAUAGUUGUCAGUCGAUCCUCGACACUCAGAUAAGGGUAGGACUUUUGGACACUUUAGGACCGAACAUAUAGAAUUUUCCCAUAAAUUGGUUAUGUUUGACACUUGGACACAUAUCCAUGUCGGAUAUGACUUCUCGACAACAAUAUCAAUCAUUUCCAUGUCAGAAGUUACAUAACUCCAUCACCGUAAGUCCAAAAUGACGCAUAUAGCUCUCACAAGUCACUAUACAUAAAUGGCAUGCAGUAACCAGUAAACAAUAACGAGAAACCGAACCUCUUCUAUUUAACUAUAAAGUUAUCAUACAAGAAUCAGCUAACAACUAAAAUCCACAAAUUUCGAGAUUUCCUCUCAUUGGGGCUUUAUCUCUGACUUCUGUCUCUUUUCAGCAAAAGAAAAGAAAAGAAAAAGAAACAAUCUAAGAUCAACCUAUAAGACUCAGCACAGUCCAAAUCCAGAAAAUCUAGCUUCUUAACAUAUUUGGCAUAGUCGAAAAUUGCUAAACCCAUAUGAUAUAUAAGGCUACCUUUCGGCUUUUCUUAGCUAACCUACUACUAUACUUUCUAUCCAUUAAAGCAGAGAUUCCUGCAGUCAUAGUCUUCGGGGACUCCUCUGUUGAUACAGGAAACAACAACGAGCUCUCUACAAUCUUAAAGAGCAACUUUCAACCGUAUGGUCGUGAUUUCUUUGGGGGCAGACCCACUGGGAGGUUCUCCAAUGGCCGUCUUCCAUCAGAUUUCAUCUCCGAGGCAUUUGGGUUGAAACCAACAGUUCCCCCCUACUUAAAUCCUAACUACAACAUAACUGAUUUUGCUACAGGUGUUUGUUUUGCAUCUGCGGGUACAGGGUACGAUAAUGCUACGUCUGAUACACUAUCUGUUCUUCCACUUUGGAAGGAAAUCGAGUAUUACAAGCAAUACCAGCAGCAGCUGAGGGACUAUCUUGGUGAUGAAAAAGCUAACGAAAUUAUACAAGAAGCAAUAUACCUAUUAAGUAUGGGGACCAAUGAUUUCCUAGAGAACUACUACGUACGACCAAGAAGACAAUUGGAAUUCAGCGUAGAAGAAUACCAAUAUUUCCUCAUUGGUAUUGCUAGAGAUUUCGUUACAGAUCUUUAUAAACUUGGAGCUCGGAAGUUGUCUCUCGGUGGGCUUCCUCCAAUGGGAUGUUUGCCACUGGAAAGAACGACAAACAUCAUGUUUCAGCGUCAAUGUAUAGAAGAAUACAACCAGGUAGCCCAAGAAUUCAAUAUGAAAUUGGAAAUUUUGGUAGGCCAACUGAAUGAGGAGCUAAAGGAACUACAGCUGGUGCUGUCAAACCCCUACAACAUUCUUUUAGAGAUGAUUCAAAAGCCAUUUUCUUUCGGAUUUGAUCAUGCGGACGUAGCAUGUUGCGCAACAGGGUAUGUGGAGAUGGGUUACAUGUGCGAUCAACUCAACCCGUUCACAUGUACAGAUGCUGACAAAUAUAUCUUUUGGGAUGCUUUCCAUCCUACUGAAAGAACAAAUAAUCUUGUGGCCACUCAUCUGAUGCAAAAGUGGGGAACUAAGUUUCUAUAAUAACUAAAAGGUAUAUGAUCCCUUUUUGUUGUUGCCCUUCUACUAUGGAAUGAAGCAUAAUAUGCAAUACUGCAAAUGCUAUGGAGGAAGUAGGCAUAACCAUAGGGAAAAAAUACAGUUUAAAUACGGUUGCAAAACAAAUUUCGCCGUCAACGCAUCCUAUGUUCAAUCGCGGUAAACUCAAAAACCUUAAUGAUACGAUCGCGAUACAGCGACGCAAACUAGUUUUUGCACUAUGGGCUUAAUAAAAGUCAAGGUGUCACCUUACCCUAAGGGAUUAACUUCGUCCCAAGAUAACAAUCAUUAAAUUUCAAUGCAAA